GGCGCUCCCCGCUGCCCCUGUGCCCCGCUUGCCCCAGGUCAGCUGUGGACACGCUCGCCGUGGGUUGCCUGGGCUCGGUAGGGCGCUUGAGCACCCCAAGUUGGUGGCACCGUUUGUGGAGGAGCAGGGCUUGGUCACACACAGGGAGCAGGCACGUUGCUCCCGGGCCUCUCCCAGGCCAUGCGAGCCCUGCUCGACAGCCCGUCUGUGUCAGCUCCAGAGGUGAGAGCUGCCUGGCGGGCCGAUGCACGGACGUGGCGGCGGCUCCUCCUUGGCGAGCGCCGCUGUAGYGCUCUCAUUUCAUCUUGGACCCGCCGCUAACUCUUCCAGACCCGUCCAGCACUGCUGCAAGCUGGUGGAAUGUAGUCGCCGAGUGSCUGUUGUGAGUGCAGCGGAGCAGGCAGGACUUGCUGGGCAGGACUUGCCAGGCAGGGGCGAGUUGAUGUGAGCCCGGACACCACUAAGCUGUCGCCUGCUUCGUCUYCCAUCAGUGAGAAGAAUGGGCUCUGUGUCGGAGGAGCUUAGCCUGGUCCCCCUGCACCGGAGGCCAGAGUUGAUGGAGGCCUGUGCCCAGCUGCUCGGCGAGGAGUGGGGCAAGAGCCGGGCGUCCCGGCUCCACUCACUGCAGCGCUCCUCGGAUGCCUUCCCCACCUGCCUGGUGCUGCUGCAGAGCUCUGGCCCCACUCAGCUCCCCACCUCAGAGAAGAGCCCUUGCCAGCUCCUGGGCCAUGUUCGUCUCUCCCGGGUGGUCGGUCACCCCCACAGCCUCUUCGUGGAGAGCGUCGUGGUGCCCAAGGCACUGCGGGGCCAGGGCUACGGGAGAAGGCUGAUGGAGGCUACGGAGCRCUACGCCCGGGUCCGUGGCUUUCGCUGCCUCCACCUCACCACCCACGACAAACAGCACUUUUACGCUCACCUGGGCUACACGUUGGCCGAGCCGGUGCAGAUGAUGACUUUUGUGAGCGCCGGCAUCUCGGCAGAGGUGCUGCGGAUCUUCUCUGCCCACCCCAGGCCAGCUGUGAGCACCCCUGGCACCUUGGCUGCCCCGCGGGCCUCCCUGCCACCCACCGAGGUGCCCCCGCCGCCCCCGCCGCCUCCGCUGCCUCCGCUGGACUGCUCCAGGGCUGCCCCAGCCGCGAGCUGCGGGCAGAGCCUCCUGGAGAGCCCUCACUGUGAUGCCAAAGGCCUGCCCAUCUUCUGGAUGAAGAAGGACAUUUGAGGCCACAGCGCCCCAAGAUGGUCAUUAAAGGCAAGUGCGGG